AUGUCUAUAUUUUAUAUUCUAGUAUUCUAGUGUGUUACUAAACUUGAUUAUUCUCACAGACCAUGGGAUUUGCAUUCGUGAACAACUCAAGAAUCAAUGGGAUAACAUCACUCAACAGCAAAAUGGGACACUUCAACUUCUUCUCUGUCCAUCACUUCAACAUCACUGACGUCACUAUAACAGCUCCCGGCGACAGCCCAAACACUGAUGGGCUAAAGUUCGGGUUCUGUAGCAACAUUAACAUCUCCAAGACACACAUUGGUACAGGAGACGACUGUAUCGCCAUCCUUUCCGGAACCACCAAUAUGGAUAUCUCUGAUGUCAAUUGUGGUCCCGGACAUGGGAUUAGUGUCGGAAGCUUAGGGAAGAACAAAGAAGAGAAGGACGUUAAUGGCUUAACCGUAAGAGACAUAGUCUUUGACGGCACAAGCGAUGGUAUUCGGAUCAAGACUUGGGAAUCUUCAGCUUCGAAGAUUCUUGUUUCUAACUUUGUGUACGAGAAUAUUCAAAUGAUUAACGUUGGAAACCCUAUCAACAUCGACCAGAAGUAUUGUCCUCACCCACCUUGUGAAAAGAAGGUGAACUCUCUACGCAAGAUACAAACUUAGAUAAUUAUUUUCACUUUUUACAUCGAAAGAAAAAAUAAAUGUUGUAAUCCAUUAUUUUUUUUCAGGGAGAGUCACACGUUCAAAUCCAAGACCUUAAGUUAAAGAACAUAUAUGGAACAUCGACGAACAAAGUGGCGGUGAAUCUACAAUGUAGCAAGAGCUUUCCGUGCAAGAAGGUUCAGCUAAUUGACAUUAACCUAGAGCAUAAGGGAGUCGAGGGUGGUCCUUCCACUGCGGUAUGUGAGAAUGUUGACGGUUAUGCACGUGGCAAGAUGGUUCCUCAGCAUUGUCUGAACUGAUUAAACGAGCCAUGGGAACAAUGACCGUGUGUUGUACUAUUUUAUAUUUUCUUAAGUGUUUGUAUAAUUUAUAAUUUUUACUAGUAUUAUCCCCGUGCCAUGCACGGGCUAGUUUUGCAUGCAUUUAAACAAUUUUAUUUAAUAAAUAUUCAUAUUUUCUAGAGCUGAUAAACUGAAGAGCUAAAAUUAGUAGUUUCACAAUCAAACAUAACAAUUAAAAGCAAUUUUUAUCAUUUUUAUCGAAAAAGAACUGAACACCAACACAUCAAAAUAUGACAAAAAAUAUUGAAUGAUUCGUUUAGUUCUAUUUGUAACUGUGUUUUAAAUAAGUUUUCUUUAAAAUAAAAAUAUGUUUACUUUUAAUACUCUAAAAUUUAAAGUGAAACUAAAGUAAAAUAUGAAAACCAUUUUUUGGCACAAAUAUGAAAACCAUUAAACUUUUAUUGAAAGUAUAUUUAUACUAAUUUUUUUUUUAAAUCUAUCCGAUAGAGAGAUAAAUGCGCAAUUAUAAAUAAAUGAGCAUAUCUUGGGAUUUUAUUUUUGAACUUGCGUUUUGUUAUUCACUUCCACCCCUUUUUUGUGUAGUCAUCACAAACCUGGGAACUUCAAUGAUACAAUAUACAUAUAAUUAGUUAAUCUAACAUAGUAGACUCAUAAAUGGAUUUGUAAGCAUAUGUUAAUGCUAUAAAAACAUAUUUGUAAAAAUUGUCAAACCAAAACAAACGUAAGUACUCAAUUUAUAUAUAGCAGAUUCAGAUAAACUUACUGAUACCAAAUUGCUGACAAAGCUCUGAGUUUUUUGAAGAUUUACAGCAGUACGUAACCAUUUUCAACAUGAAUCCUGCAAAAAUAAUUUAAAAAAUUUGGAGAAUUUUAAUUUGAGAAGGAACGAACAUAAUCUGAAUAAAAGUUAGGUAUAAACUUUGUGGAUUUUUUUAGCUACACUCAAAACACACACAGAAAUAUGAAGAAGAAGAAGAAAAAGAAAAAAAAGGAGGAAAAGAAUAAACUAGUUGCUUGAAAAUUACAUAAGAGAUAGAAAUUGUUAGAACUCGUUACAUGAUGGAACUGGGAAGUUAUGGUUGCACAUUUUCUUUUUGAAUAAUAAACGUGUUGUUAGUGAUAUGAGAAAAUUUAGGGAGUUAGACAUUUACAGUUUCUGAAAAUUUGAUAACCGUAGAAAGAUAUUUUUUCAUUGAUAUUGUUCUUUUUGUUAAACAUAUGUACAUGUGUCAGAACUUGGUUGGUUAUUAGAUUUGUGUGUUUUCAAUAUAUAAAAGAUAAAAAUUGUUUAAUGGCAAAAAAAUUACGGGAUAAAAAUUCUGAUAAAAAUCAGGUAUCUAGGUAGUUGGAGAUUUUUGCAAAAAAUAGGAGACCGAAGAAAAGAAAGUUUCAUCAAUCGUUUUGUCUUUAUGGUUUUUUCUAUAAGUUUUGAGAAAA